AUGGCGUGGCCGUGCAUCACCCGCGCCUGCUGCAUCGCCCGCUUCUGGAACCAGCUGGACAAGGCAGACAUCGCCGUGCCGCUGGUUUUCACCAAGUACUCGGAGGCCACCGAGCACCCGGGGGCCCAGCCGCCGCACCAGCAGCCGGCGCAGCCUGCGCAGCAGGCGCCCGCGCCCCCCUCGGCGCGCGCGGUCGCCAUAGAAACGCAGCCGGCCCAAGGCGAAGGGGAGGCGGUUGCCCGGGCAACAGGGCCGGCGCCGGGGCCUAGCGGCGAACGCGAGGCUGGGGCCAUCUCUGGCCGGAGCGGCCCAGGCCCGGGCUCUGGCUUCGGCUCCACCUCCAGCGCGGGCCCCGCGGACUCGGUGAUGCGGCAGGACUACCGCGCCUGGAAGGUGCAGCGGCCGGAGCCGAGCUGCCGGCCGCGCAGCGAGUACCAGCCUUCGGACGCGCCCUUUGAGCGCGAGACCCAGUACCAGAAGGACUUUCGCGCCUGGCCGCUGCCGCGACGCGGGGACCACCCGUGGAUUCCCAAGCCAGUGCAUAUCCCCACGUCCUCCCAGGCGGCGGCGCCUGUGCUCGGGGCGCCCCAGCGCCGGCCGCAGAGCCAGGAGCGCUGGCCGGUGCAGGCCGCCGCCGAGGCCCAGGAGCAGGAGGCGGCCCCUGGAGGAGCAGGUGGCCUUGCGGCUGGAAGGGCGACCAGUGAGGAAGAGCGCGACACACGCAAGAAGGCUGGGCCCGCCUGGAUGCUGCGUCGCGCCGAGGGAAUGGGGCACGAGCAGACGCUGCUGCCCGCAGCCCAGGCCCAGGUCCAGGCCACGGGCCCCGAGGGAGGCAAGGGGCGUGCGGCGGCCGACGCCCUCAACAGGCAAAUCCGCGAGGAGGUGGCGAGUGCGGUGAGCAGCUCUUACAGGAAUGAAUUCAGAGCAUGGACUGACAUCAAGCCUGUGAAACCCAUAAAAGCCAAGCCCCAAUACAAGCCCCCGGAUGAUAAGAUGGCUCAUGAGACCAGCUACAGCGCCCAGUUCAAAGGGGAGGCCAAUAAGCCAACCCCAGCUGACAAUAAGGUCAUUGAUCGCAGAAGAAUACGCAGCCUCUACAGUGAGCCUUUCAAGGAACCGCCAAAGGUGGAGAAACCUAGUCUCCAGAGUUCCAAACCAAAAAAGACCUCAGCGAGCCAUAAGCCCCUGAGGAAGGCCAAAGACAAGCAGGUGGUGUUGGGCCGGGCCUCCAAGAAGAAGAGCGCGGAGGGCGCCAGCGCUGACCCGCCUGCCGACAAGGAGCAGAACGCAGAGAUGAACAACAAGCUGGCUGAGGCUAAAGAGUAA